UCGCUCAUCCACCAACGAGAGGGAAAAGCGACGCCUGUGAGCGACGCUUGCUGCUGAUGCACUGCUGACUCAAAGAUGGAGAGCGACACCGCCGUCAGAAGAAUAAAGCCCGUCGGGACGCAGUAUAAUGUAGCGCAAGCUAAUAACGACGGUUCCCGGGAGGGGUGUGGGGAUAACGGCUACAGCAGUAGUAGUGACCCGGAGAGGAAACCCGAAGUUAACCUGUACCUGCUGCGGGAAGGACUGGCAACUUCCCUGGUGUGUGUUUUUAUUGUGACGCUGUGGGGACUCGUUCAUUUGUCGCUACAGCAGCUCGUCAUUGGGAAGCCAACAGGAGAGUUCAACGCAGUGAGAGCCAGACAGCACUUGGAGCAGAUCACCAGCGUCGGCCCGAGGCCAGUGGGCAGUCCGGAGAAUGAAGUCAUGACAGUGGGCUACUUACUGGAUCAGAUUGAGAAGAUCCGUGUGGAGACUGCAGCAGGCCCCCAUCAGCUCACAGUGGAUGUGCAGCGUCCCACUGGCACCUUCUCCAUUGACUUUCUUGGAGGCUUCACCAGCUUCUAUGACCGUGUCACCAACAUCGCUGUCAGGCUGGAGCCCAAAGGCGGUGCCAAGCAUCUCAUGCUUGCCAACUGCCACUUUGACACCGUAGCCAACAGCCCAGGUGCCAGUGACGAUGCAGUGAGCUGUGCAGUGAUGCUGGAAGUCCUCCAUUCUCUGGCCAACCAGUCCGCUCCUUUUCAUCAUGGAGUUGUUUUCCUCUUUAAUGGGGCAGAGGAAAAUAUCUUGCAGGCUAGUCACGGUUUCAUUACCCAGCAUCCUUGGGCCAAGCAGGUGCGAGCCUUCAUUAACUUGGAGGCUGCAGGUGUUGGGGGCAAGGAGGUUGUUUUUCAGACAGGUCCAGAGAACCCAUGGCUGGUCCAGGCCUAUGUCCAUGCAGCCAAACACCCGUUCGCCUCUGUGGUCGGUCAGGAGGUCUUUCAGAGUGGUAUCAUCCCUUCUGACACUGAUUUCCGCAUCUACAGGGACUUUGGUAACAUCCCAGGCAUUGAUCUGGCUUUCAUUGAGAACGGUUUCAUUUACCACACCAAGUAUGACACUGCUGACAGGAUACUGACGGACUCCAUACAGCGAGCCGGUGACAACAUUUUGGCUGUCCUGAAGCACCUGAUAACAUCAGAUCGGCUGGCUGAUUCAUCAGAGUAUCGCCAUGGCAACAUGGUAUUUUUUGACCUGUUAGGGGUGAUAGUGGUGGCGUACCCCGCUCGUGUUGGCACCAUCCUCAACUACAUAGUGGCCGCAGCUACCUUUCUGUAUCUGGCCAAGAAGGCAUCACUCCCUGGCAAUGGGGGUGGUCGCUACGUUCGAGAUCUGGCCUUCGCCACCGGUGUAGCGGUGCUGAGCUGGUUCGUCACCCUGCUGUUGGUGCUGAUUUUAGCCCUGCUCGUCACUUUAAUGGGACGCUCCAUGUUUUGGUACAACCACUUCUACGCCUCCAUCUGCCUGUACGGGACAGCAGCCACCGGGAAGAUGAUCCUCAUCCACACCCUUGCUAAGAACCUUUACUACGGGGGUGUCCGACUGGUGGAGUUGGGUGAUCUGUUUUUUGACGUGAGCCUGUUUCUGUGGUGCUGCAGCCUGGUGUGGUUGACCCAGCAGGGCCUGUGUUCAGCCUAUGUGCCCAUGCUCAUGGUGGCCUUUCCUCUGGUCACCAGACUGCUGCUAUCUCAGGAAUUUAAACACAGAGGGGCAUCACUGAAAUACAGCAUGCUCUACCUGCUCGGUCUGGCGUUGCCAUAUGUCCACUUCAUGUUCCUCAUCUGGGUCGUGUUUGAGAUUUUCACACCCAUCAUGGGUCGCAGUGGCACAGAGAUUCCCCCUGAGGUGGUACUGGCCUCCCUCGUCACUCUCGCCACCAUCUUCCUCUCCUCUUUCUUUUUACAUUUCAUCUACUUGGUACGGAGCACUAAGUGGAUCCUGGCUGGUCUUGGCUCAGUCUUCAUCAUCAUGCUCCUGUUGGUGUCCGGUGGCUUCUUCUUUCCCUAUUCAGGCAGUCCAGACAGUCCUCGCCCUAAACGGGUCUUCCUGCAGCAUACAACAAGGACCUUCCACAAUCUCCAGGGUCAAGUGGAGAGCCGGGACUCAGGCCUUUGGAUAAAUAGUUUUGACUACACGGGCAUUCAACACAUCACACCCAACAUCCCCGAGAUCAACGACAGCAUUCGGACACACUGUCGCGAGGACCGGCCGUUCUGUGGUUACCCGUGGUUCCUGCCUGUGAAGUUCCUCAGCAGAAAGAACUGGUACCUUCCUGCCCCAGAGGUGGCUCCCAGCUCACCAGUGGAGUUCAGACUUGUGUCCAAAGAGGAGACGAGCUGGGGGACAGUCAAGAUGACCUUCAGUGCGAAAGGUCCCAGCCACAUGUCUCUGUAUCUGAUGCCUCACCGAGGAGCAAGUCUCUCCACCUGGUCCUUUGGGGACGGAACGCCUCAGUUUGACCUGAGUGGAGAAUAUUUUGUCUUCUAUUCUCAUGGCCUCGAUGCCCCAACGUGGAACUUUUGGUUUGAAAUCCAGCCUCCGAGUGAACCAGACCCGUCGGGUCCUGAGGGAAUGAUCUCUGUCGCCAUCUCCUCACAUUAUUUCUUUGGGGAGGACAGGCGGACUGCUCAGCUGGAGGAAAUCCUUCAGCGGUUUCCCACGUGGGCUUUUCCUUCGUUCUGGGUCAGUACAUAUAGCAUGUACAGAUACUGAGCACAGCACAAGUGGAGAGCAUCACAGAGGCCGGUGCUGAGGAGAGUAGAGAGCUGAAGGGCCAGAGAGAAGAGUGACGUCAAGCAACAAUAUUCAGAGAGCUGGCCCCUGCUGCCUUUUCACUCUGAUACAAUCAAACAUUUUAACACACACACACCCCCUCUCCAGCCUGUCAGAGCCACAUCACUGUGUCUGUAGGCUUAGUAGCUAACCGAGGACGAACAAGGCGAGCGUUCAGACUGAAUAAUCACCGACCAACACAGCGGACACCACAAGCCUUGUGCUCACUCCUGGGUUAGUGAAACAGAGGGGUUUGAAUUUUUCAUUCUUUUUUUACUUAAUCUGCUGUGCCUUUUGCUUUACUCACUUCCCUCCUCCUCACUGCCUCCUUCUCUCAUGCUGACACACUUCCUGAAUGAACAACGUUGCAUGGCGUCUUCCUCCCUCCCUUGCUCACUAUUCAUCAGAAAACCACUCAGACUGGAUGUGUCUGUAUUGCAAAUGUAACUCCACUGUCACACUAUCACUGCUACAAUAACUUUCUGAUGGAACUGGUUUUAUUUUGAUCUAUUCUUUUGAUCUUAACUGUAAAGGAAACUGACACUUUGAAAGUCACGUUUCAUCUACGUGCACUCACUAUGGUUGUUUUUGUAUCUGCUAAGUAAACUGUGAACUAGCUCAUGAUUGCUCCUCACUAAAGACCACUAAUCUGCAGCCACUUGUUGCUGUUGGCCUUAACGGGCCUUAAAGACGGCGAUGAUGCUUUUACUGUCAGCGACGCCGGUGUUAAAUAAAAAACAGCUGGCACAAAUUCUAAUGUUAAGGUUUAUGGAGGUCCGGGGUUCGAUGUGACCAGAACGCACAAGAAAAACACGGACCUGUGGCUGUGUAAACUGUUCUAUGAUGGAAAAAUGAUGACCUGAACUAUGACUGGGUGACUGUGAGAAACCAUCAGCUCCACACUUUAGGAUUUGUACUGUUUUUUUUUUUGGUUCUUCACUUCUACUUUGACUGAACUUUGACCAAACAGUGAAAGUAGAGCUGCAACAGUUUGGUCUGAAUUUGAAAUAACAGAUUAUUAAUUUCAUUUUAUUUUAUUUUAUGUUGAAGCUGACAUCACUAGAGUUACUUUCAUCUCAGUUAUGGCACAAUGCACAAUGAAUCACAAAAUAAUCACAAUUGCAAUAUGACCAAGUACAGCAUCCGAAUAGAAAGACACUUCAAACAUUUGAUUAGGGAUGGGAUGAUACCACGUGUUUGUGUCCCAUUACCAAUAGCAAAAUCUACAGAUACCGAUGUCAGUCACAUUUGUCCUGAGUCAUUUCAAAGACCUCAUUCUCCAGCUGUGUAACAGAUAUCGUUCCGUCAAAAAAGAAAAAAACAGCCCAAACAUGACUCGGCUAAAAUGCUUUUGCUGAUUUUUUUAUUUUCAUUUUUACAGUCUUAUCUGGCCAAUAUCCUAUCCAAUAGUUUUGACCAGUAUUGGACCAAUACCGCUUCCCAUCCCUACAUUUGAUUAAAGUCAAAUGUGCAAACAGCUUUUUGUGAAAAUGACAGUCAAAGAUGCAAAUCAAAAUAAUCCCCUUUGUCUUUUUUCCUGCUUUAAUUUUAGUUAAACCACGCGGCAGCAUAGUGGCUAGCACUGUUGCCUCUCAGCAGGGAGGUCACUGGCCUUUCUGUGUCCCUCUACUGUCCAAAAACAUGGUUUAUUGUACACUCUAAACUGACCGUAGGUGUGAAUGGUUGUUUGUCUCCAUGUGUUGGUCCUGUGAUGGACGGCUGACCUGUCCAGGGUGUCUUCCCCACCUUUGUCCCUACAGUCUGUCAGCUGGGAUUGGCUUCAGUGGCACCCGCGACCCUCAUGCAGAGGAAUGAUUGAAAUGUAUCUAAGGAUAUAAAAUUGUACAUUUGUUCGUCUGCAGACAGCUCAUAGCAUAAUAGUUGUUCCUAAUUAUUACUCCAGACGAUGUAAUGUGGUUUGAAUGUUAUGGUUAGACACAUUUAACUCGGCGACAGAUGCGAGAUUAUUGAUUGUAUAUAUUAAUGAAUGAAUUCAUCUACAGUGAUUUGAUGGAUGAUCCGCUUAGCUGUGCUCACAAAGAGCGUGGAUGACCAUCUCCUCCCUGCUUUAAGUCCUACACAUUGACGAAAAUCACGCAAAAAUUUUGGCUUGUUUUGUUGGUUGUCCUGACAUUUAAAGUUAAAACAUCCCAAGAGAUUAUUUUAAUUACUGUUAAUGGCCUCUUUGUUGAACUGUCUGUUUGGUUUGAGUCACAUGAGACAACAAACCCUCACACUCAAUAUUUAUUUAACCUCUCAGUUCUCUUAAAAGCUUAGGAAAUAAAACAAAGUGCCACACUACAGCAUUUCUAUGUGAAUCCUUCACUGACUUUCGUAUCACUCGGCAACGGCGCUUGUAAGUUUCCUCAUUUGGCACAGUUUGUCCAGGUGUGUCCUCACUCUCUCAGGUUUUGGGAGAAGUGCUUUUUUUUUAGUGGCCCAUCAUUAGAUUAUGGUUAAUUAGUUGCAAGUGUGGUUGAGGGAGCAGGACAUGGUGGACUUUAAAGAUGCUGGCUGAUUCAAGCGACUGAAACAUAACAGAGCGGAAAAACACCUGCAGCAAACAAACAUCCUUGCUGCUUUGUGUGUACUUAUCUUUGUCCUUUAUAACUUUAAAUGACUUUUGAGGGCUUAUUAGUUAAGGUUGUGGAGGUUUGGGUUUCUCAAUCCUGCUCCUGUGGACCCACUGCUCUGCAUGUUGUAGAUGUUUCCCUGCUCCAACACACCUGAUUCAGAUAGCUCGUUAACGAGCUCUGCAGAAACAGGUCGUUAUCCUGUUAAUUAGAUUCAGGUGUGUUGGAGCCAGAGAUGGAAAGAGCACUGAAAUAUUCUACUCAUGUAAGUACCACUAUUUUGAUAACAUUUUACUUAAGUACAAGUAAAAGUACUGGUCUAAAAAUGUAAAAAAAAAGUAGCUGUUUAAAAUGUACUCAAAAAUGACAAGGUUGCGGUUCUUUCUUGUGUCGUACAAAAAGGAAAAGAGGACACGAAACUUGCGUUGUUUUUAAUUAAAGGCAAACCUUAACAAAUUAGUGCUGACAAAAUAAAAUAUGUAAACACAUAAAUGUAUCAGUCAAAAUGGGUCAAAGGUCACAAAUGCUUCAACUUUGUUAAUCACUCAGGUACCUUAAUUAACGCCAAUUUACCUGCCCUCAUGUCUUCAUCAUUCACUGGCUCAUCAUUUCACGGAUGUGAUUUAAAACAUGGCAAAGUACAGCAAUUCCCCAAAAAACCCAUACUUAAUUAAAAGUUAAGUUAAUAAUUACUUUAAAAAGUACAAGUACACAAAAAACCUACUCAAUUACAGUAACGCGUAAUUCACCACUUUCCACCUAGUUAGAGCAAGGACACAUGCACAGCAGAGGAUCCCAGGGACCAGGAUUUGAGAAACCCUGGACUAGAAAAUGCAUUUUGUCUCUAAGUGUCCUCAUUAAGAUUGUGGUACAAGAAUGUGUGUGUGUGUGUGUGUAUGUUCAGUGCAGUGGGUCAAAUUACAGUAAAUGGAUCUGUUCAUUUUUAAGAGAAUAUUACCCUUGAUAUGCAAAGUGUCUGCGGGAGAAAAACGUUUUAUUAGCAAAUGUACAUUUAUAUUUUUCUAUAUAUCUGUUAAGUGGCGUCGUUGUCAUGUUUGUGGGGUAUUGGUUUUUUCUUUGUGGGAGGGUGGAAAAAAGACUGCAGAAACGCAAUCAGCUGAUCAUUCUACGCCGAGAAUGUAACGUGGCUCUAUAUCACUGGUAUCUGUUUGGGAGGAUGUUCAAUGAAUAACAGAGGAGGGAUGGAUCAGGGUGGAGCAGGGAGAUGUUUGAUGUAAAAAUGCUGUGAAAUGGCUCCUGCUCCUGCUCCUCCUCCUCCUCUGUUGGUGCUGUCACUCGAGGAAAAUAAACUCCCCUUUUAUUGAGCUUCACUUACGCUACGUUGCGACAUAAUCUAAUGUAUUAACUCUUAAUUCAGCCGUAGACUGAGAGAACAAGGACAACGGAGAAAAAGAGAAUUUAAAACAAAAGUGUAGUUAAAAACAAUUCACACAAAUAAUCUAACCGAUUCUGACACAUCUACUUAAAAGUCUUACUGAUUGUCAUUAGAGGAUGUGUUUUUAUUUAAAUGUGUGACCAUUUUUGUCGUUUUCAUUUCACUUCUUAACCCAGGUCUGUUUCUUCAUGAAACUUCAAUGUUUUUGUGAUUAAUAUGACACUGUAAGUUUCUCUUUUUGAACUGCUGUUUUUUUUUUUUAAAUGUCUGUUGGGAUUAAGUGACUGUUUGGGCUCUUUGGGAUUGAUCUGGUUACCAGGGUAAUCUAUCCUUCAAUUGAAUGGUUGGGAUGAAUUGACAUUAUGCAAAAAGCUUGAAUUAAAAAAAUUAAAGCAUUA